AGAGAGAGAGAGAGAGAGAAUGCAACUAAUAUUUGUCGAUUUCUAAUGAAUCCAAGUAGGAAUCAGUUAUUUGUUUGUUGAUUUUGUUAAUUAGUGCUAAUUGAUAUUUUCUAUAAUUAGCUUUGGUUAAUUGUUUUUUGGCCUUUUGAACUAAGAUUUUGUCUGUUAGUCGUGACAGUCAAUUAAUAUAUGUUGCAUACAAAGGGUUGAGUUUUCAUAGGGACAUAGAAAAUGAUCUUUAGUUAAUAGAAAAUCAAAAUAACCGAUAGCUCAUUUGAUUGUUUUGUUAAUUGUUUGGUCAAUUGGCCAAUUAAUUUGUCGUUUUUUUGUCUAAAAUAUGCUGAUUCUUGAUUGUUAGUUAACCUAGUGUCAUCUGUAGAUUAGAUUUAGUAACAUUUCAAUCAAUAACAGAAUGUAUAGUGCAGAUGGAGUUGAUAAUGAUGCAGCUAAUGAGCAUGAUUGUUGAAUAAAUUCUAAGUUGACAUGAACAAAUCUUUUUUUCUUUUCACGGAAAUCUUAGUUACAACUAUUCUCGAAAUUUGAACAAACCUUGUCAAGUUCGAACUAUUAAACAUUUAGUACAAUCAUGUUUCAGUCUCAUUCGGCGAUUAAACUUUAUCCAAUUACAUUGAAAAAUAGCCACAACUCUAAUAAUAAUCAACUUAACAAUCAAGUUUUAAAUAAUCACAAUAAUCAGUUAUAGUGAUGGAUGUUAUCAUGUUCACGACAAGUGAAAUAAUUAAAUUAACUAAACAACAAAGUGAUGAUUAAAGUUUUCUUUACUAAAUGUGACAACAAUCAAAUGGAUUAAUAAGUAGAUUAGUUUGAUUAUUGUUAAAAUUAAGAUUAAAUUAAGAUUUAUAAAAUAAAAUUCAGACACAACGACAGUUAACUCUCAAUGAUCAUGGAUACAAAUUCAUUUAUUAACUCAAAUGAAAAAAUGUUAUAUCAACAACAAUUAAAUGAUUAUCCUCAUCAACACCAUCAUCAUCACCAACAUCAUCAUCAACAUGUUCACCAUGAUCUCCACCUUGAUCUAAAUAUCACACCCUCCUCGUUAAUCAUUGAUUCAAGUUCAAUAUUACCAUCGGUGGCAUUUAAUAUAACCCAAGAUUGGCAUGAUUUGGUUUCUGUUAAUUUGCUUGAACUGUCAUUUUAUGUUUUCUUAUUUACUAUUGGUGGAUCGGCAAACUUUUACGUCGUCUAUAAUCUGGCCUGGCGUAAAAGAUACACCCAAACUCGACAUGAAAAGUUGCUCCUAAAUUUGGCCAUCGCCGAUGCCAUUGUAACCUUAUUAAUGACACCAACCGAAAUCGCCUGGAGAAUAACCGCUUCUUGGAAGGCGGGAAAUCUUAUGUGUAAACUUUUCCAAUUUUAUCGUGUCUUUGGUAUUUAUCUUUCAUCAAUGGUACUAAUAUGUAUCUCGAUUGAUCGUCUACUCGCCGUCUAUUCACCAUUUAAAUACCAAACUUAUGAUAAUUUUAUAAGAAAAAUUCUAAUCUGCGCUUGGUUAUUGAGCUUUAUAUUUGCACUUCCACAGAUUUUCAUUUUUCGUAUUGAAAGUCCAAAAGAUUUUCCGACUUUUACCCAAUGUGUCAAUUUUAAGGCUGCAACGGAAGAUCAACUUCGAAUGUACAACAUUUUCUGUCUCUGUAUAAUCUAUUUCGUGCCUUUACUUUGUAUCACCCUGUGUUACACUUUCAUCUGUAUCAAGAUUAGACGAAAAAUGGUUCAAAGGUUUUUAACAGUAUUUCGAAAUGGCGAUUUAGGUACAGCCGUAAAUCCAGAGAGUCAGCAUUCUGAUGCUUACGGAUUAACUAAUCAUCAACAGCAUCUUCAUCCUCAGCAACAACAACAGCCUCAUCUAAAUGAUGUCCACAAUUAUGAUCAGGUUGAUAAUCCCCAUGAAAAUAUAAAUAUAGACCAUACUAAUCACGAUGAUUAUCAAGUUAAUCACCUUAAUCUUGGUGAUACUUUAACAACUAAUCAUAAUAAUAACAUUAACAAUAAUCGCUGUGAUUAUAUUGAUAAUCAAUCGAUUGCAAUUAGUACAAUGAUUACAACUAUUCCAGGUACAAAUAAAGUAUCAACCAAAGGAACAGGUAAAUCAACUGGAUCAUUGAAGUUCAGUAUUUUAAGUAACCCAACCGGCGGAACAACAAUCCAACCAUCAGUACCAAUGACAGUAACAAAAACAGCAGCAACAAUCAAAUCAACAACGUCUCGUCAAAGGCGUAAAAUUGGCUCAAAAAUUGUCAAAGAUACAAUCAUAAUCAUUGCGACUUUUAUAAUUUGCUGGACACCCUAUGCUACCAUUCAUCUAUGGUAUCAAAUUGAUUGGUCAUCAGCUUUUCAGGUUGAUAAUCGCCUUCAAGGAGUAUUAUUUUUAUUUGCAAUCUCAAAUUCAUGUGUUAAUCCUUACAUUUACGGUAAAAUAUUUGACCCUGCUUGCUUAAUUAAACAAUGAAUGUAAAUUAAACAAUUAAAAUAAUUUACAAAA